AUGGCGGAUAUUGCGGGGACAGUAGCUGACUUUAUCAACAUUGCCACAGGCUUAUACAAGAAUCUGCAAAGUCGUAGGAAUGCGCAUGCGACAUUGCAGAAUUACUUGCGAAAUUUUACGCAGUAUCAGCUUCAUAUAGGCCCGCCAACAGAUGAUCUCAUAAGUAAUCGCGCUCAUCGUCACGGUCAGCUCGUUGACCAAGCAAUCUGGGUGUUACAUCUCGACGAGAGUCUACGCCAAUGGUUGUUUGAUUCCGGUUUCGGACCCUCUAAACGAAAGGCUGGAGUGUAUAUCAUACGUCGACGCCAAGCCUCCUCUCGUGCCCAGUACUCGGCUGAGUUUCGACCAGAGCAUUCUGGACCUCCGAAAUUCCCAAGGUUUGGAGUGACAGAGAAGGCGACCACAUUCGACUCGCUCUUUCAGAAAGUCAAAGAUGCCUUCGAACGGCUUGAGACUAUGAUGUCCGAUGACUUCUACCGUAGCUCUAGCCAGUCGAUCCAGCACCGGGCCUUCGCCCAAGACAAGGACAACGACACAGAGGUGGUCCUAGGCCUCAAGCUCGAAGCACUCCUCGUCGUGGUGGCCCAAACUUGA